AUGAAGCCAAUCGAAUCUUUCCCAGCAGCAGGUGCCUGCGCUGAGCUGCUUCUAGCCGACAUUAAAGACGAGCUAUAUCAGAGCGAGCUGAAGGACUUAUUGCGCGAGGUACUGCAGCGCACCUGCGGCACUCGCUUUAUAUCGCAAUUGCUACCAGAGCUGACGGCAGUCUCUUCCAUAUUAUAUUACGCGCUAUCCAUUGGGUGGCGACAGCCUAGCCAGACGUUAGGCGAAGAGUUCUGUGAUAUAAUUCGCGUCACUAAGCAAGAUUCUGGGACUGUAGUUCCCGUUUCGCAUCGGCGUCAUGCACUGUGGCUCGCAUGCACUGUGUUACCCCCGUAUUUGAUAAAGCGAUCCCAAAUUGGCUGGAAAAGCUUGUGUCACCUCUCGCUCACGCCUAGAGAGCGCAUGGAGCAGCAGAUUCGUCUACAACAAGGGGUUGUUGUGGUAGAAGAGGAUGCUGUGAGGGCAUCACCUGCAGAUGCUAUCGUGGGGACGCAACCAUCAUCGGGAAGUCGAGUAGCUAGGCUAAAACCGCUACCACUGCUUCAAUUUCUCGAUCGUCUAGUAUCAAAACUCAGGGCCGUGGGCACUUGGGUCGAGAAUGAUUUCUUUCCAGCGUCCUAUAAUGUUAGCUUGCGUUGCUUGCUGCAGUGGGGAUUUCGCGCACAUCUUGCGGUCUUCUUUGUGUUUGCACAGUACCUACAUCUGGCCAAACGGAUUACCAAUAUGCAAUACAUAUUCGUGCGAAAGAAACUGACACAAAGUACAAACUUGUCCCUGCUAGGGUAUCUGAUAGCGCUACGGCUGCUAGCAACUACGAUAUUGGAAAUGAAACGCAUGCACAGGUGCAUUAUGCAGAACAAGAAGGUGUGCGAGAAAGUAGCGAGGACAUCAGCUGGUAACCCGGCGACUUCAAUUGCUCUCACACAGAGAGUUCCUUCAUUGCUCUCUACCAAAAAUGUAUUCGAUUGGACUUCUCGGCAUCAACCAGAAGGAAAUCGAGCUGGAAACAGGCAGGAACCCCUUCGCAAAUGCUCCCUUUGUUUAGGUGAACGAAAAGUUCCUUCAGCCACACCAUGUGGUCAUGUCUUCUGCUGGGAAUGCAUUGUGGGCUGGUGUCAAAAGAAUAAAGCAGAAUGCCCGCUUUGUCGGCAAGAGAGUUACCCUCAACAGAUUAAAUGCGUUUAUAAUUAUGCCUAA